AUGCGGGACCGAUCGGCCACGGCAGAGCCGGACUUGGGCUGCGAAGACUCCAUGGCCGUGCCGUGGCAGGAAGCCGCCGCCGCCUGGCACCAGCCACAGCAGCCGGCCGCCGUUGUGUCGUCCACGCUGCAGAGCGGGGACGACCGCGACGGCGUCAGCGCCGCCGACAACGACCGAGUCAGCAGGGUGUCCACGGUGGCGCAGGCCGGCAGCGACCACCGCAUGCUGCCUUCCACAACCGAGAUCGUGCAGGGUAUGUCGCUGCGUUCGGAAUCGAGCGCGACGCAAAACGCGAGAAGCGGCCAAGGUCACAAAGGCGGCCACCAAAAACGACGCCGGAACGUGGACAAGGGCGUCGAAGCAGCCAUAGUCGCCCCGGCCACGAACAAGUUUAACUUGAACAACCCCUGCUCCACGACCGUGUUCUGCGCCGUCCUGCUCCUGCCGCUGGUGCUGCUGGGCGUGUCGCUGACCUUGCUCGCAGUGCGAGGCGGCGGGGCCAGGCGCGCGGCCCAGGCGUUCGCCGGCAUCUCGAACACGUUGCACGGUCUCUGCGUAGAUGGCGCCGAGGACGACAGAAGUCGCAGCGCCCUCUGUCGCGAGACCCUGAAACGACUGUCGCACUCCAUGAAGGCGGACGCCGACCCCUGCGACGACUUCUACGAGCACGUCUGCGGCAACUGGAAGCCCCGGUACCCCAACCGGCCGUCAUACCUGAAGGAGCACCUGGAGUCCUUCAACAUGCUCGUCCACGAGACACUGCUCAGCCUGGCUACCAGCGCUCCUCCGCACUGGGUUGUGCGACCAGCAGCAGCCGUCCACCAGAUGGCGGUCUUCCACAACAGCUGCUACGCGAUGGCCACGGGUCACGGUGGGGGCGGCGACGCCGCGGACGUUGCCUCGGCCCUCGGCGAGGACGUCAGCUCGUGGGUCCACGUGGUCUCGCACGAAGCCCUCCUCCACCUCACAGUGAGAACAGCCGAGGACACUGGUCUGCCCUCGUUUCUCAGGUACGCUCAGAUUCAUUAGAUCGUACAAUAACUAAGGGAUCAGGCUGUCGUGACUUUUAGUUAAUGUUUUGCAUAAA